AUGUCCAAUCCCGCUGCUCCUUCGAUGGCUGCGCAUACAACCCUACCUCAGCGACCCAGGGUCAAGAGGUUGUAUCAUACUUGGCCCUCAAAGACGGUCCCACGGAGCCAUUUUGAAGACUUUCUACGGGAGAUAGGCGAGAGCUCUCAACUGCAUCAACUAUGCUGCUUGCCCCGUCAAGCCUGCACCGCUGACCACCAUGUGCACGAACAUCUGACAUCGACAUCGACCUCGGCUUCCGCAGGGCUACCAGAGCCUGGUGGACUACCGCCGCUACAAAGACAGGGUGGACAGGCACGACACAGCCGCCGAGGGACAACGCUUUCCAUUGCUUCGGUUCGCUCGUCGAGAAGUAGAUGCCUAUCGUUGUUAACACCGCCGAUAUUGGGAUCAAGCUGGCCGUCACACACUCUAAAGACCGAUCCCGUUUCCGCAAUCGACCUGGAAUCCCAUCCUGCCUCCGGUUCUUAUUUCACUGUAGACGACGUAGAGCAAUCGUUACGUGGCUUGCUCAUUCAUGGAAAGCAGCGCUCAUCCUCUCCGCCAAGGCCCGACGAUCUAAACGUGCACCCUCAGCCGCGCGUCCUCCUGCGAUUCGCUUUCAACCGCUCCCUCCUCGGAGGCACCGGCGACCCCUAA